UGGCUGGGAUAGGCUCCAGCAACCCUAAAAGGAUUAGGUCGGAUGCUAUAAUCGACGGUGUAAUUAGCUUUAAAGUGUGUUUUUUUAUAACGUAAAAUAUAUGAUGUUUGGGGUAAAUAUUGAACAUCCUGGAUGCCUGAAUCCGGUUUAAAAAUGAGUAAACAAAGGGGUUUUCCUUUUCUUCCUUUUUAUUUGAACAAAGGACGUUUCUGGAUGAGGGGGUCUCAUCAUUUUGAAGAAGACUCCCCCUCAUUUGAGCUCACUUGCAUCCUUGGCGCCUUUUGAAGUAUCAAUUCUGCAGAGAUAUUCGGAUCAAUGAGUCAGAUGUUGCAGAGUAAAGACACCCGUAAACAACAGAGACACCGGCAGGAACGCGCGGGCUCUGCGUGGAGUGUGUGGCGCGCUCGGCGCAUUAAAACCGCGCGUAAAGAUGGUGAACGAACAGGCGGGAGCGCGCGAAGAGGGUGAGCUGGGCACCAACAUGUACACGCACAGCACAUUCUUCAGAUUCAGACGGAGCCAAGCACGUUUCCCCAGGCUCACAUGUGACAACCACGGAGUGCUUUGGGGGGGCAUGAAACAUGACUCCCCAGAAAGAGGUGUUUUUAACGGACUGCGAUCAUUCGAUACAAAAGCGGUGGCGUGAGCCACGGAGACGUCACCAGGCCCCGCCUUCAAUUAUAAGAAUCAAUUGUUCCCUUCUCGUUAAGUCGGAGCGGAUGCUUGGAGGCUGGAGCGCCAACGCUCACGGCGCGCGCGUCUGUUGACUAAAUCCAAAACUUCAGGAGAAGUCCAGCGGAGCUGCAGGGAAACCAUCAGAGGUCCGCGGUUUGAAUCCCGGAGUCGGUGUUCCGUGGGAGAAGAGUUCGGAAGGUGAGCAGGAUGCGUCGCGCCUGCGCCUGGAUUGGCUGGGCGCUGUGUGUGUGCGCAUCUGUGUCCGUGUGCGCGCAGGACGACCCCGAGGACGACGGUAUGAUCCCCGAGGACGGAACGCAGCCGGAACGUGGAGGAGCCGGGGCCGCCGCCGAGUUCCUCAAGAGCAACAAGGCGGCGUGGCGCAUGCCUGGCCAGUUCCUGGUCAUUCUGCACCAGGAUACGCACGAGUCUCAGGUCCAGAGAACCAUCAGGCGGCUGCGGGCCAGAGCAGCCCGGAGAGGGCACCCGGUGCAGGUCCUGCAGACAUACUCGGGCGCUCUGCGGGGCUUCCUGGUCCAAAUGAGCCGGGAGGCGCUGCAGCUGGCGGUGACGCUCCCUCAUGUCCACUUCAUCGAGGAGGACUCUUACAUCUUUGCCCAGAGCGCCCCCUGGAACCUGCAGAGGCUGCUGCAGCCGUACGGUGGCAUCCCGCAGAACGGAACAUACAAACCUCCAAAUGAUGGAGGGAUGGCAGAGGUGUAUCUGAUGGACGGCAGCAUUCAGAGCUCUCACAGAGAGGUCGAAGGGCGAGUGCUCAUCACAGACUUCAACAAUGUCCCCGAAGAGGACGGAGUCAGAGUGCACAAACAGGCCAGCCAGUGCGACAGUCACGGCACACACCUGGCAGGUGUCGUGAUCGGAUCGGAUUCAGGCGUCGCUCGAGGCGCCGGUGUCAACCUGGUGCGAGUGCUCAACUGUCAGGGGAAAGGGACCGUGUCAGGAGCUCUGGCAGGAAUGGAGUACAUCGGCGUGACCCUGCAGGCUCGGCCGGUGGAAGCGCUGGUGGUUCUGCUGCCGUUCAUUGGCGGCUUUAGCCGUUCGCUGAACGCGGCAUGCAGAGAGCUGGUGUCUCAUGGGGCCGUGGUCAUCGCGGCGGCGGGGAACCACAGGGACGACGCCUGCCUUUACUCACCUGCCUCCGAGCCCGAGGUGAUCACAGUGGGGGCGGUGAACUCAGCAGACCAGCUCAUGUCACAGGGCGCAGGCGGUAGCAACUAUGGCCGCUGCGUGGAUGUGUUUGCGCCCGGAGAUGACAUUGUGAGCGCCAGCAGUGACUGCAGCACCUGUUUCACCUCCCGCAGCGGAACGUCGCAGGCCGCCGCACACGCUGCAGGGAUAGCAGCCGUCAUCCUGUCGUCCAAUCAGAAUGUGUCUCCGGUGCAGGUCCUGCAGAUGAUGCUGCAUUACUCCAUCAGCAACACCAUCAACCUUCUGCCUCUGCCUGAGACGCUCCGCCUCCCCACUCCCAACCUGGUGUCAGCCAUGCCCUCCAUCGGGGACCUGACAGCAGACCGGGAGCUUCUGUGCCGCUCCGUCUGGUCAGAGAGGUCCGGACGAGGACGCGGCGACGUGGCGGCGAGCCGGUGUCGCCAGGGGGAACAAAUGAUGAGCUGCAGCAGCGUGGCCCCUGAUGGAGCUGGAGUGGGGGAAUCCAUCUCUAUGCGCGCUGGUCACAUGGAGUGCGUCGCCCACAAUGGUCCGUCAGGUAACGGCGUGUAUGCCGUGGCCCGCUGCUGUGUGAUGGGGGGGCUGACGUGUCAGCCCUACGCUGGCUCUGAACCCGGACGGGAGGCGCAGUGUGCAGAAUCCCAGCAGCACCUAAGCGGUCAUUCCUUUCCAGGCUGCACAGCUCACUCCCCAGCUGAGCUCCUGCUGGACUCACGGCCGCAUCCCAAACACAGGCGGCGCUGCACGGCAAGGGAGGGCGUCACAUCCCAGGCGGUGUGCUGCCACGCCCCCUCUCUGGAGUGCCGCCUGUUGGAAACUGUUUCUCUGGACACAGACCAGGUGGAGCUGUCCUGUCUCUCUGGUUGGACUCUGACGGACUGUAAGGCCAUAACUGAGGGGUCAACCGUUGUGGAGCCAGUUGCCACGGGCAACAGCUGCCUCAUCCGUGGUGCAGCAGGAGGGAAUAGGAUUGCAGGCGUAGCUGCCUGCUGCAGAGUCACCCCAGAGAGAGAUCCUGAAACCAAAGCCAACUGACCCAACACGACCCUGAGCUCCGGUCAUCGGGACGGGCGUACGCGUUUCUAACCGGUCCACUCCAAAAACAAAACAUGCCUAACAUUUAAAUGCAGCGUGAAACGCUUUACAAGUUUAGCUUUUGGCUAAAAUCCUUUUAAACCCAACAGAGAUUCUGAGCAUGUGAAUAGUUGUGUAUUGUAUGAACGCCGUGGUGCUGAGUGACAGCAGCGGCGGCGGCGGCUUGACGACGGCUCAGUCGGGCUGCACGGUUGUGGGUAAUCAGCCUGAUUAGCAAGCCGAGUCUUCUGGGGAACAGCAGGUUCUCUCUGGAGAGAAGUCACAAAGGAGAACGUGUUUCUGCUGUCACCCAUCAUCUGUACGGAACUGUGGAAGAGUAGCUGAAAAUAAAAGGUCAAUGCAGCCAA